AUGAGUAAUGGGGCCGGCGUCGCGCAGCCAGACAUAGGAGUCAACGGGAAGAGACAGAUCAAAGCUCAGCAUGACUACAAGGGCUUUGUGGCCGGGGUGUUUUCGGCUAGUGGCCAAGGAGAUUCUGCUAACGAGUGUGUCUUACACCUAGUUGGCCAUCCUUUCGAUACCAUCAAGGUCCGACUGCAGACUACGAAGAGCACACGAUUUACGGGGCCGGUGGACUGCCUGCUGCAGACGAUCCGGAAUGAAGGGGUUACCGCGUUGUAUAAGGGGGCCACGCCGCCGUUGAUGGGAUGGAUGGUCAUGGACUCGGUCAUGCUGGGUUCCCUGACGCUGUAUCGACGGCUGAUAUUCGAGCACAUCUUCGCAAACCGAGAGCUACGGGCGGCCGUACCGUUCGUCAGCCGGGAGGUGCCUGACAGACUGUCAACGUUUGGUCAUGGGGUCGCGGGCAUCAUGGCUGGGUCAACGGUCAGCUUCAUCGCCGCGCCUGUUGAGCAUGUAAAGGCCCGGCUGCAGAUACAGUAUGCUGCCGACAAGAAACAGCGCCUGUACCAGGGACCGAUAGACUGUUGUCGGAAGAUACUCCGUGCCCACGGCCUGCCAGGACUCUACCACGGCCUCUGCUCGACCCUGAUCUUCCGCUCGUUCUUCUUUUGCUGGUGGGGGAGCUAUGACAUCUUCUCUCGUGCCCUGAGGAAGCACACAGACCUCUCUGCGCCGGCCAUCAACUUCUGGGCCGGCGGGCUGUCCGCACAGGUCUUCUGGCUGACCUCCUACCCGUCCGACGUCGUCAAGCAGCGGGUCAUGACAGACCCGCUGGGAGGCUCGCUGGGCGAUGGAGAGCGCAGGUUUCGUCGCUGGAGAGACGCGGCCGUCGCUGUGGGCAGAGAGGGCGGGUGGCGAGCGUACUGGCGAGGCUUUCUGCCCUGUUUUCUGCGUGCUUUCCCGGCAAACGCCAUGGCCUUGGUAGCCUUCGAGGGUGUGAUGAGAGCGUUACCGUGA